AUGAAAAAAGACCUGACCUCGGAGUCCGAGCUGGCGAAGAAGACUAAGAACAUCUGGCUCCGUGCUCACCUUUUCACCACCGUCAUUCUUCCUGCUUUGACCUGCGCUUUAGAAACGUGGAGGUUUUGCAAGCAGAAGGAAAAUGCGAUCAACGUCAUGGAAUGGGCAAUUGAAAAGGUGAUGCUAGGAGUAUUCCGCUUCAUGCAAGUGGAAGAAGGGAUUGGAAGUUUACUCCUACGUCACCGAUCGAACAUCAGAGAGGUUGCCGCAUAUGCCAACGAAAGCAAAAUUAGGUGGGCUGGACACGUGAUGCGUUUCAACGACAAUACAACAUUGGAUCAGUGCCGCGAACAAAGGCCGCCAACCCGAUGUUCCGACCUUUUCAAAGUCCUUCAAUGA